AUGGCGCAGCGCGGCGCAUCCCGCGUCCCCAACAUAACCCAGGUCGUGCCCGGCGCGGCGGUCAACAUCGUCCUCAAGGAGGACCAGCCGACGGGCCGCACCGUCUCGGGCGCCGUGCGCGACGUGCUGACCAAGGGCAACCACCCGCGCGGCAUCAAGGUGCGUCUGUCGGACGGGCGCGUCGGGCGCGUGCAGAGCCUCGCCUCCGCCUCGGCCGCGACGUCGUCGUCGUCCUCGUCCUCGUCCGCGGCAGACAUGUCCCUAGUCACGGGGGGCCCGCCGCGGCACCAGGGCAUGGCGAGGGACGUGCGGCUGGACGAGCACGAGUACGGCGCGCCGCCGCCGCCCGAGAGGGGGCUCGAUGCGUUUGUCAUCAAGCCGGCCAAGGUGCGGGGAGGGAAGAAGAAGGGAAAAGGCGGGAAGGGUGUUGCUGCCGGUGCUGGGGGUGAUGUCGAGGAUGGGCAGGAGAAGGCGGUCGAGUCGUCGACGUGUCCUGUCUGUGGGGAAUUUGAGGGCGAUGAGGCUGCCGUUGCGCAUCAUGUUGCGACGCAUUUUGACUAG